GUCAUGGCAAAGAAUGAGAAAACAACUCUGUUUAAUAGUGUAUUUUCUUGGUCUAUCAAAGAUAUUCUCAACAGAGAUCUCUACAAGCAAAAGAUAAAGACAAUACCAGAAAAGUUUAGAUCUGUUGAUGAAUAUGUUCAGUGUUUUGUUCCUCAUCUACUCGAGGAAACGCGAACCGAGUUGUUCUCUAGCUUCAAGUCUUUGUCUAGAUCUUCAGUUUUUAAAAUACGUUCGAUAGAGAAAAGAGCAAAGGAAUCAAGUGGAAGCUCAUCAGCUAGUUUGCUCCACGAUAUAACCCUAAUGGCUGUCGACAAUACUGCCAAGUACCAGCCAAAGUGUGGAGAUCUUAUUGCUCUCACAAAGGUAAGGCCAAGUCGAAUCGACGACUUAAAUCCUUUACUUCUCGCCUCCGUAUUCAAGGUAGACGGUGAGCUUAAGAUCUCUGUUCAUUCGUCUAGACCGAUACCUUAUCUUUCGGAGUAUCCAUUAAGUUUUGGUGUUUUCCUCAUGACUUUAACCACAAACACCCGAAUUUGGAACGCUUUGCACAACGAAGAUGCUAAGUCGACUCUAAUCCAGAGUGUGCUUCAGGGAAAUACUCAUGCAACAGAACAAUGUUUUUGUUUUGUAAAUGAUUUUGAGGGUUCUGACCGUGUAUUGGAUAUAAUCCGUUCCAACAAAUUGAAUUCUUCCCAAGAAGCUGCAAUUUUGGGUUGCUUGGAGACGAAGAAUUGUAGUCACAAGAACAGUGUGAAACUAAUAUGGGGACCUCCUGGAACUGGUAAAACAAAGACGGUCGCCACUCUUUUUGCCCUUCUCAAUCUAAAGUGCAAAACUGUUGUGUGCGCUCCUACAAACACUGCUGUUGUGGAAGUAGCAUCGAGGCUAUUGGCCUUAUUUAAGGAAACUUCCUCAUCAGAACACGCUACUUACGGGCUGGGGAAUAUUAUAUUAUCUGGAAACCGAGACAGAAUGGGGAUAGACAAGAAUGAUGUUCUUCUUGAUGUGUUUCUUGAUGAGCGCAUUGACAAACUUGGUAACCUGUUUUUGCCAUCUUCUGGAUGGAAACAGAAGUUGGAGUUACUGACACGUUUUCUCGAGGACACAGAGUCUGCUUACAAUGACUAUGUAGACAAAUGUGAGGAGGAGGAGCAGGAGGACAUUGUUUCAUUUGGAGAGUUUGUUAGGCAGGUUUUUAAUGGCUUCAGUGAAGAGCUGGAGAUAUAUAUGGUUGAUUUGUACACACAUCUCCCUAACUGUUUCAUUUCAUAUGAAGACGUGAAGAAAAUGAUGGCUGUUCGUAAAUCUUUCCAACGCGUUAGAUAUUUCUUGGAGGAGAAUGCUUAUAGAGUAGAGUUCAAGACCGGGAGUUUCAAAUUUGAUUGUUUUGAAAGAAUGAUCCGCGACGAUUGCCUUCAGGCUCUAAGUGUGCUUCCUAAAUUUUUGGAGAUUCCAGAGUUGGUUGAAAGGGAAGAUAUUAGGAAAUUUUGUAUCCAAAACGCGCAUAUAAUCUUCUGCACGGCAUCAGCUGCUGCAGAAAUGAAAGCAACUGGAACUAUAGAACUUCUCGUGGUAGAUGAGGCAGCUCAGCUUAAAGAAUGCAAAUCAGUUGCAGCAUUGCAACUUCCUGGACUUCGUCAUGCUGUUCUAAUAGGAGAUGAGCUUCAAUUGCCUGCAAUGGUUCAGAACGAGAUAUGUGAAAACGCUAAAUUCGGAAGAAGCUUGUUUGAGAGGUUGGUUCUGCUUGGUCAUAACAAGCAUUUGCUCAAUGUUCAGUACCGGAUGCAUCCCUCGAUUAGUCGUUUCCCCAAUAAGGAGUUCUAUGGUGGGAGAAUCAAAGAUGCUGCGAAUGUUCAAGAAAGUAUUUAUCAAAAGAGGUUCCUUGGAGGAAACAUGUUUGGUUCAUUCUCUUUUAUUAAUGUUGGACGUGGAAAAGAAGAGUUUGGUGAUGGGCAUAGUCCUAAAAACAUGGUUGAAGUUGCUGUGAUUUCUGAAAUCAUAUCUAACCUUUACAAAGUUUCAAGUGAAAGGAGAAUGAAGAUGAGUGUUGGAGUGGUUUCACCUUACAAAGGACAAGUCAGAGCAAUCCAAGACAGAACCAAUAAUAAAUACACUUCCUUCUCAGGUCAGCUUUUCAGUUUGAAUGUUUGGUCCGUCGAUGGGUUUCAAGGUGGUGAAGAAGAUGUUAUCAUCAUCUCUACCGUCCGAAGUAACGGUAACGGAAAAGUGGGACUUCUCAACAACCGUCAAAGAGCUAACGUGGCACUAACUCGUGCAAGGCACUGUCUGUGGGUGGUUGGUAACGAGACAACUUUGUCUCUAAGUGGUUCUAUUUGGGCUAAACUGAUAAGUGAGUCGAGAACACGUGGCUGCUUGUUCGAUGCUGCUGAUGAGAAGAGCCUAAGCGAUGCCAUGAAUGAUGCUUUGCUUGAGGAUGUGUCUUCGAGUUUUGGAUCUCUUUCCAUCAGGAAUGGUCUUGGGAGAAGAAAUGCUUGGUAG